GUGAAUGCAGAGUCUCAACGAUCGAUCAGGGUCCAACCUCCGACAAUACUAAUAAAUAUGGGGGAUUUCUUACUCUUCAGAUAUAGUCCAAGGUGAGACCGAUUUCAUGGGCCAACUUUAUGAUCCGUUGUUCACUGGCUUGGACGCUCAUGCCAUGGACCCUCCUUCCUCUGGUGAUUAUGACGAUUUGAGUAUGAGUCACGGGGACCCUUCAUUAUAUUUCCCCAACCUCUGGAGCAGCACUCUUCCGCAAACGUCACAUUCUGGAAUCGGCAGUGAUCAAUUCGGUAUGCAACAAGUAAUUCCAACUCCUGGAUUGUGCCAGACGCCAAUGCAGUCGGUAUUGCAAGUGAUCCCGUACAGACAGCCUCCAAAUUCAACCCAAUAUAUCUCAACUUCCUCCUCCUUCCAACAAGAGUCGCCUAGUCAGGAUCAAAUGACUGGUAAGGCUACCCGCACGAGACCACGAUCACCCGAAUCGGCCCAGGAGCAACAGCUGUCUGCCUUUCGCCAACAAGUUUCAAAGAGCAAGGGUGUCCCUGGAUUCUUGCUCAGCGAAUUCUGUGCCGACUCAGACCCUACGCCUAAACGCAGUCGCACAAGCGCUCAGAAGAAGAACAAGAAUGACGUGGAGAAAGCCGGCGGUGCUUGUUUUCUCUGCCGCAUGAUCAAGAAGCGGUGUUCUGGUCAACGUCCUUGCGACACUUGCAGACAGUGGUGGGAUGACACUUGCAAAAAAUGGAGGGCGGAAUCUUGCCAUUCAACUAGCUUCAUGUGGAUGUGUGAUGUUGCGACAAAAUUGACCGACUUCAAAAUCUUUAAUCUUCCCUCAGACACAACUCUUUCGGCGAAGAGAAUAGAAAGCUUUGACUUGGAAAAGGGUUCACAUGCCUAUAGGCGCAAGUACACCCACUUACUCCUCCUAAUGGACGAUCUUGAACCAAACGAACUCGGAGGCUUUUCGAAAAUGUUUGGCAAAUAUUUUUAUAUUAGCCAAUCCUUUCAGUGGAGAGCGGUUCUGCUGUAUCUCGCUCCCGAACUCCGAAGCUUUCUAGCUUUCCAGGAACUUCAAUACAGGGAUGUAUGCCUUUCGACCCUCAAAUUUUGUGACUUGGCGCAUAAGCCAGGUCGACCGAAGGAUAUAAUCGUGCGGCGACGCUCGCACUAAACCAGCCACCCUGCAGGUUUACCCCGCAGGGACGCAGGGGCUUUAGUGCAAGUCUUGACGCACGAUUAGUCAUUUUUGCAAUUGUCAAUUUGCUUAUUGAAGUUCC